CCGGAUAGGUUCAGAGUUCAGCGGUGCGGCGGCGGGAAGUGACCUUUCACCGCUCCAACACAACAUGUCAGCCGGACCGGGACGGUAAACACUGCACUGUAGGGAGAAGUGCUCUAAAAGUCCAUUUUAACCGAAAUCUUGUACCGUCUGUAGUGAUUCGUGUGCCAAGAUGUUUCCCGUUCGUGUCGUACUUACAACAGUCUCCUUCCGAGGUCAAAGAAAACUCCUGCAGACUUCAAGACACUUCAGCAAGUCUUGCCUCUUGAAGACAUCCCAGGUUUGGCGGUCCAAUGCUUAUCUGGGGCAACUGGCAUCGGUCAAAAGGUGUUUGCAGAGGUGUCACCUUUCAGCACGAGGUUUGUCAGGUGCGGCUGCAGACCGCAUCGUCCACAGCAGCUACCCUGACGUACACAUCCCCGACAAACAGCACCUAACGGAAUUUGUGCUCAAAGACUUCGAUCAGUAUGGGGACAACGUUGCUAUGGUCGACGGCCCCACUGGGCGAUCCUACACCUUCUCUGAACUCAAGGACCUCAUCCGGCGUCUCAGUAGCGCCCUCACACGGCUGGGCUUCAAACAGCAGGAUGUGCUUGCUUUGUACUCCCCCAACCUACCCGAGUAUGCCAUUGUCCUGUUCGCUGUUACUGCACUCGGAGGGAUUGUAACCACUGUGAAUCCUCUGUAUACCGUAGGUGAACUGACCAACCAAGUGACACACUCCGGGGCCCAGUACAUCGUUACCAUUGCUGACUUUGCAGAAAACGCCAGAAAAGCAAAGUCCAACUGUCCUAAUGUCAAGGACAUCUAUAUAAUUGGGGGUACAGCCGAGGGCUGUAAGCCUCUCUCUGACCUGCUGGCUGACGAUGGGUCAGCGAUGCCGUCUGACGUGAAGAUUGACCCUCAUGAGGACAUCGCGAUGCUGCCCUACUCCAGCGGCACCACCGGACUGCCAAAGGGCGUCAUGCUCACACACUACAGCAUCAUCGCCAACCUCUGCCAGAAUCUGGUAAAGGGAGUCAUGCUGCUGGACCGAGAGGAGGAAUGUCUGAUCGGACAGCUGCCAUUUUUCCACAUCUACGGGCUGGUGGUCAUUCUGUUCAACUGUCUCAUGCAGGGGGUCAGGUUGGUCACUGUACCGCGCUUCGAGCCAGAGUCCUUCCUGGCAUGUGUCCAAAACUACAAGGUGACCAGGAUCCUGACUGUUCCCCCCGUGGCUGUGUUCCUGGCUAAACACCCCAUAGUGGACAACUACGACCUCUCGCUGAUCAAGGAGGUGUUCUGUGGUGCCGCUCCCAUGGGAACAGAGAUCACCAUGGCACUGAUGGACAGACUCAAGAUACCCAAUCACAGGCAAGGUUAUGGCCUAACAGAGACAAGCCCCAUUGUCACCAUUGGAAGAGAAGGAGUCUUUGUCCCUGGGUCUUUUGGAGUCCUCGUUCCCAACACAAAGGCCAAGGUGAUUGACACCGAGACAGGAGAAGCGGUGGGACCUGGAGAGGAUGGAGAACUGUGUGUGCUGGGUCCACAGGUCAUGAAGGGUUACUACAACAAUCCUGAGGCUACAGCCAACACCAUAGACCCAGACGGGUGGCUACGUACAGGCGACAUUGUUCGCUACGAUGAAGACGGGAACUUCUACGCCGUGGACAGGGUGAAGGAACUCAUCAAGUACAAGGGUUUCCAGGUGGCGCCGGCUGAGCUGGAAGCCGUGCUGCUGGGCCACCCUGGUGUCCAGGAUGCAGCCGUCAUCGGGUUACCAGACGACGUGGCAGGGGAACUUCCAAAAGCCUUCAUCGUGAAAAAGUCUGACGCUGUCACAGAAAAAGACAUAACAGACUUUGUCGCAGAGAGAGUCGCCCCUUACAAGAAGCUGCGGGGUGGAGUGGUGUUCAUCGGGGAGAUUCCAAAGACACCAAGUGGUAAGAUCCUACGCAGGAUGCUGAAGGACGUCAAGGAGUAGAAGAGAAUUGUCUGCACUCAUAAUGCAUUAUGGCUUAGUAUGCCUUAUACAAGAGAAAUGCCAUGCAGGCCCCAUGGAAGUCAUAACAUCUAUUCUUUCUUCAUGAGGAAAAUCUGCAUGUCCCACACAUGCACACAUGAUUGUAUGGUGCUUUAUGAUGACUUUGCCUCUAAUGUUACACAUCAUAUAAUUGCAGGUAACCAUUUCCAAUUAGUAUGAAGUACAUUAAAACAGGUGCUGCGCCUUGCAGAGCAGAGCCCUGAAUGAUACUAGUUCCACACUUUAAAUUCGAAAAGUUAAUUGCUUCACUAUUAUACUAAGUUAUACUGUCCGAUAUUGACAGUAUAACUUGCUACUGGAUGUAAAGUUUUACCUCGUUUAAAAAAGACUGAUCCCCUUUGAAUGAGGAGAUAUGUAUAAACUAUGUCAUAGUUUAUGUAGUGUAGGGAAUGUUGGGCUUGCCACAGACUCCAAGUAUCUGGCUACUGGUGCCUUUACAAAUCUCAGGUUUUCAUUGUGUGUUAUUGUAGUAUUUUGGAUGUACCCAAACCCAUUUACAUGUACACAUAUUCUAUACUUGAACCUAUAUUUGUCUCAAGUAUCAUGUAGAUAACUGACAAUCAUGCCUUUGAGCAGCAAGAGCUCUGAUUUGCCAAUGAUUUACAUCAUGUGA